AUGCCUUCCAGUCCCACAUCCCGAGCGAGGUCAUCCUCUAUCACUCCGAUCGGUCCGAUUCCGCAGGGUAGAGUAGCUUGUAAGAGAUGCUCCAUACGGAAGAGGAAGUGUGACAAACUGCAACCUCGAUGUACAGCAUGCGUGGAAGCCGGUGUAGAAUGUGAAUCUGGCGUCAAGGGUGUAGAGAGGAGUCUAUUGAUGCAAACUCAGGAAUUACAACGACGUAUAGAUUGGUUAGAAGGAUUAAUACGGGACAAACAACCUACACUUCGAAAUAUCAGUUCUAUAUCGACUGGAUCUCCUUUAAUCCCACGUACAAGCCAUUCUUCGAUCCUACAAACGAACUCGCAGGGAUUCAAUCUCUCUACACUGGUAUCGGCGAGUUUGUCAAUGCAAAGAGCAGAGAAUAUGCCUGAUCAAGGAUACGUCGAAACUCUCAAUCCUAAAAUCCACCACUAUAGCAUAGAUCCAUCUCUAUCUGUAUCUUCGGCAAGUCAACACCCCCAAUUACCCACCAUCGAAAAGGCUUUGGAAAUUGUGAGCCGCUUUUUGGCGAGACAUCUACAAAGUCAUCAUUGUGUGACUAAAGAGGGUAUAGAGGAGGAUCUUAGAUUGGUUUAUGGGGAGAAUGGUCUCAUCAAUCCGGAUUUGGCAGCAAGCAGAUUUAGAUGUUUCUCUGUGAUUUACCUCGAGUCCAGUCCCGCUUAUCAUGGCGGUGAUACUUCCUUGGAAAGAAGUUAUGGAAUGACUUGUAAAAAUCUGGCACUGAAAGAGAUUUCCAACGUGAUUGCGAAAGAGGAUUUGACCGCUGUCCAAGCAUUGACCUUGUUAUGCAUCUACGGUGUGGAUAUACCCGGAGGACCGAGUCUCAGUCAAUUAGUCGGAUUUGCUGCCCGUGCAGCUAUGACAAUUAAUAUACACAGACGGGACGAUAUCUACCUUGCGCCAUUGAUGGGAUCAAACCAUGAUAAGGCUGAAUCCAAGCAACAUAACGAACUCAGGAAAAACAUAUUCUGGGCGAUAUACUGUUUAGAUCGUCUGGCAAGCUUCACAUUGGGCCAGCCGUUAUCCAUCAGAGAUAGUGAUAUCGAUGUAGAUCUACCCUCGGAUCCAGUCCCUCAGACAAUUGAUUCUUCGUCUGUGGAAGUGUCCAGUAUAGCCCUACGGUGUCAUCAGAUCCACCUUCGUCGGCUAUACGGUAUCGUCAGGGAAACGUUCUACUCGGCAUCCGUAGAUUCAAACAAAACGAUGAAGGAAAAGGAGGAGAUCGUUGCUGAUUUCGUACGUCAAGCUCAAGCUUGGUACAAUCAGAGUCCCUUAAAAGCGGCUUUCGUGCCUAUAUCCGAAGCUACUAUCUCUCGUCAGGUAGUAGACGAUAUAUCUUAUCACCAAAUGAUUAUGGCUGCUCAUCGACCAUCUCCUCUCAUAUCUGAAAUCCCUUCAUCGUUCAUCAUGACACUCAAAUAUUCUGCUAGUCUCUCGAUCGAUUUAUAUCGACAUUAUUGUAAAUCCAAGAAAGUCUUGAUUAUCUGGACUCACUUGUAUCAGAUAUUCAUGUCGUGUACUACCUUGAUAUACUGUUUCAACGAGUUCCACCAACGUGAAGAUUUAAUCGAUCUCGAUGAGAAAGAAGUGCAAACUAGGAUAGAACAAUGUAAAGAUUUGUUAUCAAAAUUCGGUACUUCAUGGCCUGAAUCAUCAAAAUAUCAAAUCAUGUUUGAUAACUUAGUCAACUCUUUCAAUUCCCAAUUAAGAUCUCAACUUGGUCAACAAUCCUCUCAAUCACAAUCACAAGUCAUCCAACAACAAGAUCAGAAUCAUACUGAUAAUGAUAAUCGAGCGGUUAUGGAUUUCUGGACUAAUAUCAAUAACAAUCGUAUUGGAAACAGACAAAGUCAAAAUGAAAAUGAAAAUCCUAUAACUUCAAGAGACACGCAAGUGCAUCCCCAGACGUUCUCUGCGACAAUUCUAAAUGGCGACUUAUCUCGAUCUGCAAGAUCCGAUAAUAACGAACUUGGUCAAACGCAAAGUCAUUUAGGAGGGAAUAUCGAUCAACCAGACGUAUCGAUCUUUGAUCUUUUUGGGAAUUUCCCAAUGUUAGAUCCUGCUUCAACGAAUGAACAGGAAGGACAGUCUGCAAGCACGACAGAACAAUUGUUAAACUCGAUGGGACCUCCCUGGGCGGAGUAUUCGCCUGGAUCUUUGGGAUCGAUGAAUUCCAUUAUGGGUAUAUAG